GGUGGUGCCUGGCUUCUCUCGGCGCAAUGGGGGAGGGGUGUGGGUGUGUGGUCUGUACGUGAAUGACGAACGGUCCAUUGGGGGGCAGGGGGGCGUGAGAUGAUGAGAGAUGAAGAGAGUCUUCGAUUACCCAAUACCUAAUUCAAUAACUUCAAUCUUUAACACCAAACCCAACAACUUCAAAUCAGCCAAAAUGCGUUUCUCCGCCGCCACCGUCUUCGCCCUGGUCUCCUUGGUUGCCGCCCAGGACGCUUCCUCCACCACCCCCGCCGUCCCCGGCGCCUCCCAGGUCAGCUCCCUCAUCGGCUCUGCCUCAAGCGCCCUCGCCUCUGAGGCCUCUUCCAUCCUGAGCGGUGCCUCCUCCGCCGCCGGCGCCGCUUCCUCGGCCAUCGCCUCCAUCACCUCCUCCGCUGGCGCCGAGGCCUCUUCCCUGAGCGAGGCCCUCACCUCCGCCACCGACGCCGCCGGCUCCGCUUCCAUCUCCUCCAAGAUCGCCUCCGUCUCCAGCAAGGCUGCCUCCGCCGCCUCCAGUGUUGCCUCUGCUCAGAGCACCUCUGCCCCUGGCGCUGCCCCCGCCCAGACUGCUGCCGUUGCUCUCGGUGCCCUCUUCGGUGGUGCCGCUCUCGUUGCCAACUUGUAAAUUAUGGGAUAU